AUGUCAACAGUGGUAUGUCUUGGUAAUCUUCUGACAGCGGUGUUGCUAUAUAUACCUAAAAUUACAGACAAACCUUAUUCUAAAAUGCUAGAAGAAUGUCACCGUUAUUAUACGAGUGAUUCUACAGCGGAGAAAUAUAUUGAUGAGUUUGCAAAUGAGUAUACAACUGAUAAGGCGAUUUGGUGGUAUACGCGCCAUGGUUUCUUAGCAAAUCCAUUGAACGAAGCUUUGCAAGAGGAAAAUAUGAGAACUACGCUACAGUUUCGUUAUUUUAUCGACGACGUUUACCAGCAAUUGUUUAAAUCAUGUUCGUCUACAAACUACAAAUACCCAUUUACGGUCUAUCGUGGACAAUCAAUGAAUGCCGUGGAACUUGAGAAUUUGAAAGCUAACGUAGGUGGGUUUAUAUCAUUCAAUACAUUUUUUUCAACAUCACUUUCUAGUCAAUCAGUUAUCUUGCCCGCUGGCGAUGAAUAUUCCAGUUCGUUAAACGAGUCAGUUCUGUUUGAAAUUGAAAUUAAAACUAUGAAUGCCAAUAAACCAUUCGCUAAUAUUCAUCAAUUAAGUUAUUGCCGAAAACAAGAUGAAAUAUUAUUUUGUAUGGGCACAGUAUUUCGAAUCGACUACGUCGUUCAAUUACUUAGUAGAAUUUGGCAUAUAAAAUUAACACUCAGUAAUAAAGAAGUGUAUGAAGUAGAUGUGUUGAUGAGUAGGGUGAAAAAUGAAUUCGAUAAAUCUCUAACAAUUUACACGCUGGGGAGUUUCUGGAGAGAAAGACGCAAGUUUGAUAAAGCUAUUCAUUAUUGUGAAUCAUUACUUGAAGCAUUUGAUACAGAUCAGAUGGCAAUGUCAAUCAUUAAUAAUAACCUUGGGCUCAUCUAUGAAUCUAUGAAUAUUGAUGAUAGAGCAAUGAAGUAUUUUGAGAAAGCAAUAGAACUACAUGGAGCUCCUAGCGGCAGUUAUUCUAGCUCCUUUCAACCGCUUGAAGAAGCUGUUGACGUCAUUUUAACACCUCCAUCAAACAACAGUACAUCUCUCGCUAUGACUUACCAUAAUUUGGGAGCGACUAUAUCCAAAAAUGAUAUUGAGACACCUGAAUUUAUUGGUAUAUGGCUUGAUUCGAUAUCUGAAGACAAUAGUGCGACACAUGUUGGAUUAAAAUCUAUUUUUAAUCAUUUAGAACCAUUUCAAGAUAUUUAUCAAUGCAUUACUUAUAUAGCAACAACUAAAAUCAAACAAAUUUUUUUCAUUGUAUCAGCACGGUUAGCUAAAAAAAUGAUUUCUCUUAUUUACAAUAAACCCAAAAUACAAUUCAUCUAUAUUUCUUGUGAAGAUAAAGCUGAAUUAGACGAAUGGAUAAACCAAACUUCUUAUACGAAAUUUCAAGAUCGAGUUUAUAUUGAUAAAAACCUUCUUUUUGAACAACUAGGAAAAGAUCUUCCCUUGCCGAAACAGCAGUUAUCAAAUUCAACCGAAGAAGGACAAAGACCGCUAAAUCUGUUUGAGCGUAAAGAUAAAGAUAGUUUAAUAAGAAACCUUAGUAAAGACUCUGUUGCAUUUAUUCGGUAUCAGCUAGUCAUUGAUAUAUUACUUCGUAUGCCAUUAUCGGAUGACGCUAAACACGUUAUGUCAGAAUAUUGUCGAAGUUGUUACAAGGAGGAACAUCCAGCACAAAAGCAUAUCAGUGAAUUUGAAAACACAUAUGACAUUGACGUACUAGGUGAAGCAAUUAGUUGGUAUACUCGUCCGUGUUUUUUAAACAACUUAUUAUCCAAGACCUUAAGCACACAAGAUCCGGAUGAUCUAUUCACAUUUCGGUUUUUUAUUUCGGCAUUACAUAAGGAGUUAUAUUUAUUAAACUCCGGUAGAACUCAGUCGUUACCAUCAAAACUUUAUAGUGGUAAAGUGCUGUCAACAGACAUUGUAGAGGAUCUACAGAAAAACAUUGAGGGACUUGUAUCGAUGAACGGAUUUUUUUCUACAACUACCGAACCGAAAGUAAGCAACAUAUACGCAGGAACUAGCUGUUCGCUUCCGAAAGAUCAGAAAAGCGUUGUAUUCAAUUUAAAUAUUAAAGACAGUGUUCUUACAAAGCCAUUCGCCAACAUUCGAAAAUAUAGUAAAAUACAAGAUGAAGAUGAAAUCCUGUUUUCGAUAGGUACCGUAUGGCGUAUUCUAGAUGUCAAGCUGAUUGAAAACGAAGUAUGGAAUAUAGAAUUAGAAUUAAGUAAAGAAGACAACGAACGUUGCAUUGAACUAUCAGAGUAUUUGAAAAAACAAAUUGGUGAAACACCAACCCUAUUAACUCUAGGAAAUUUUUUGUCUGCAAUCGGUCAACGUGAAAAAGCUGAGAAAUACUAUAUAUUAUUAUUGAAGGAGCUACCCAAAGAGCAUGAAGAUAUCGGAGUGAUUUGUAAUAAUAUUGGCGUUAUACGCUAUGAAAAUAACGAUUUUUGUGAAGCAGUAAAUUGGUUUGAUAAAGCACGAACAUUUUUUGCGAGUAUGAGUAGAACAAAUCCUAACACUGAUAAUAAAUUACAUGGCGAUAUAGCCGACUAUAAUCAAGGUCUAGCAUGUUCCACCACUAAUAGUCCUCUUUCUUCAGCCACAUCGUUAAAAUAUCACAAUGAAACAAUUGAAUGUAUAACUAAAUCUUUACAAGCAGAUCAUUCAUCGUCAGUUGCCAUCAUGAUUAACAAUAAAGGUCUGAUUCUUUAUAAACAAGGUGACUAUACAAUGGCAUUAACCUGCUAUUUUGAUGCACUUAAAAUUUUAAAUGAAACUAAUGUACGUUAUCCGCCAGACAUAUCAGUGGUAUAUAAUAAUAUUGGUGCGACGUAUUUCAAAAAGGGUGAACACGAUAAAGCAUUAGAAAAUUUUGAUAUUGCUAUUAAGGUUGGCUUAGAAUUAUUACCAUCGACAAACAAGUGGAUUACUGAAUACACGACUAAUAAAGCCGCAGUGUUGACAUAUAUUGACUUUAUGUCUAAGCUUAUUGUUGCUCGAAAUCAACUACCAGAAAGACUAUCAGCUAUUUCUGGAACUCCAAUCAUCACUGUACCAUUAGGUUAUUUACAAGUCAAGAAUGGUGUACGACCGUUUGGCAUUUCAUUUCUUUCACGUAAAUGGAAUGAAGGUGUACUAUUACAGAUGAAACAUGCAUAUGAACGUGAAACACAUGUUAGAAAUCAAGUACGACCAAAAUAUGCAAACCUGAUCGGGAGCCCUGAUGUUUUCAUAGGUUUACGUCCCCUGGUCCCCUCUCUCAAAUGA